CUUGUUAUCAACGAUUUUUUAAAUAUUUUAAACUGAUGAAUGUGAACUGUAAUGGCGCGAUGCAGAAAGAGUGCUUGCUUUGUGUUCUUAGUCACCUUAACUAUACUGAUGGUAUUCUUCUAUUACAUCAUGCUUGCUAAUUGGAAAAGCGUUUCUACUGUUUCACGUCUACAAUCCGAUGUUCAAUGUCUCACGAUGUCUCUUCUCCACCAGCAAAAGGGAGCCAAGCCCGAUGGCCAGCCAAUUAACGCUUUCGGCUGUCUUUCGGGCGAUACUCAAGGAUCGAUGGGAGCGUCAGCUUUGACAGGCUGUGACACACGAGAAAUGGCUAGUUAUCUUGAUUCCUUAUUUAAGCGUAAAUUUGGCACUGUUAUGGAUGACGUUUAUCAUUUAAAGAAGCAAGUAAUGUCUUUUAGAUGCGACUCACCUCAGCCCAUUAAACAAAGUGAGACUUUAGCACUGCCAACUUCUCGAAUUAAUUACGCUUCUGAAGAUUUGGGUGCGCGUAUAAAUCAUAUAACGGCCAAACCUUUGGGCGGCUCAAACAUUUUCAAAUCAAUACUGGGUUUGGAUUUUAAGGCAAAUCCGCCGGUGAAUAUGUUGCGGUCAAGCAUAACACCUGGCUCAUGUUUCGGUUUUCUUGGAUCUAAUGCGACAAUCUCGAUUCGGUUAGCUAAGGUUAUAAUCGUGGAAGAAAUAGCAUUAACUCACAUACCCAAAGAAUCGACACCCACUUUUACUACUGAUAAUGCUCCAAAGGAAUUUGAAGUUUACGGUUUUAAGCCAGACAAGGAAAAGGAAAUGCUAGGACAAUGGACAUACGAUAAUGCUCCCAAGAAACGUACCCAAACUUAUAAAGUUAACAACAAUAAUCCUUUAAGAAGUUUGGUUUUUGUAGUCAGUUCAAAUCAUGGCGCCAAUACCACUUGCGUAUAUCGGUUGGAAGUAUUCGGAAGAGUUCUUUAAAAUUGUGUUUGUUUAAAAUUUGUAUUUUGUUUCGUUUUUGCAAUAUCUGUUAUAAAUUAUGAAUAUACUAAUAUAUAUAUUUAUACAUUCAGCGAUAACACAUUACGAUAUUGCGGCAGUGUGA